AUGUCGGACAUUGACAUUACCAGACGCAACAAGAAGCCCCGCCUAGUGCUUGAGUCGGAGCGGGCGAAACUCGAAGAAUUUAUCGACGCCAUUCAUUAUUCUGCCAAAUAUUCCGAUAGCGAUUUUGAGUACCGACACGUGCAAUUACCUAAGAACAUGCUUAAGAAGAUUCCGGGGGACUAUUUUGAUACUUCCAAGGGUACACUGAAGUUACUUUGGGAGGAAGAAUGGCGUGGUCUUGGUAUAACCCAGAGCUUAGGUUGGGAACACUACGAAGUCCAUGAACCAGAACCACACAUACUCCUUUUCAAGUACGACAUUUGGAAUGAAUUACAACCGUCUCUCGGGUAUACGAUGCUAACCACCAGUCUCUAG